AUUUCACUAAUAAUUAUUUAAACUGGAUUACAAAUUAAACAGCGUGGAGAAUGCAAGAGGAAGGAAUGGAAUCUUGGUCAGAAGAAGAGAAAAUCAAGAUUUCCCGAUGCAAAGCCACUGGUCCAGAAAAUUCUGAAGAGGACGACGUCGAGAUCACACUCGAAGUGCGAGACGAAAGCAUCAGCACAACGAAGGCCAAGGCGACACUUCGGUCUGUUCUUUCCGGGAGACUAAAAACGAUGGUGAAGACGUUGUCGUUUGCUUCACGCCGGCUCGACCGUAGUAAGUAAUCCGGUGCUAUGUUUGCUCUUCGAGGUUUGAGGUUCAUUGCCAAAACCGACGCCGUUGGCAGAGGCUGGGAUGAGGUUGCAACGAGGUUCGAUCAGUUGGCCGUUGAAGGGAAGCUCCCUAAAUCCAAAUUUGGACAUUGCAUAGGAAUGGUUGAAUCUAGCGAAUUUGUGAACGAGCUUUUUGAGACGUUGGUCCGAAGGAGAGGGACUUCGUCAUCGUCAAUCACCAAAACUGAAUUGUUUGAAUUUUGGGAGCAGAUCACAGGCAAUAGCUUUGAUGCUAGACUGCAAAUCUUUUUUGAUAUGGUGGACAAAAAUUUGGACGGACGUAUUACUGGAGAUGAGGUUAAGGAGAUAAUUGCUUUAAGUGCUUCGGCGAACAAACUAUCAAAGAUUAAGGAAAAUGUAGAUGAAUAUGCUGCCUUGAUCAUGGAAGAACUCGAUCGCAACAACCUCGGAUAUAUUGAGCUACACAACUUGGAAACAUUGCUUCUCCAAGUUCCAAGCCAAUCAAACAACAGUCCAUCUUCCGCGAACAAACGUGCACUCAACAAGAUGUUGAGUCAGAAGCUGAUACCAACGAAAGAUCGGAACCCGGUGAAAAGAUUUGCUAGGAAUAUUUCAUACUACUUCUUGGAAAAUUGGAAAAGGAUUUGGGUGUUAACAUUGUGGAUAUCCAUUUGCAUCGCUCUCUUCACUUGGAAAUUUCUCCAGUAUAAACGCAAAACCGUAUUCGAGGUGUUGGGCUACUGUGUUUCAGUGGCCAAAGGCAGGGAGACCUUGAAAUUCAACAUGGCUCUCAUCCUCUUGCCCGUUUGUAGGAACACUAUAACUUGGCUAAGGACCAAGUCAAAGCUUAUUGGGUCCGUUGUUCCAUUUGAUGACAACAUCAAUUUCCACAAGGUUAUUGCGUUUGGGAUCGCAAUUGGAACUGGCUUACACGCCAUAUCUCACCUGGCAUGCGAUUUCCCGCGUUUGUUGCAUGCAAAAAAUGUAGAAUAUGAGCCAGUAAAAAGGUUUUUCGGAGACGAGAGGCCGGACAAUUACGGAUGGUUCAUGAAAGGGACAGAUGGUUGGACCGGAGUCACCAUGGUGGUUCUAAUGGUAGUGGCCUACGUCUUGGCGCAGUCUUGGUUCAGACGCAACCGGGCAAACCUACCAAAAUCGUUGAAACGAUUGACGGGUUUCAACGCGUUUUGGUACUCGCACCAUUUGUUUGUCAUCGUUUAUGUGCUUCUAAUCGUGCAUGGCUAUUUUAUCUAUCUCUCCAAGGAAUGGUACCACAAGACGACGUGGAUGUAUCUGGCUGUUUCCGUUCUACUAUAUGCAUCUGAACGAUUGAUUCGUGCAUUUAGACCAGGUGCCAAGGCUGUCAAGAUUUUAAAGGUGUUUCUCAAUCUGUUUUGGACAUCGCAACUCAAAUCCUUAUUUUCCAAGGUUUGUCAACUUCCCUCGACAAGUCAAAGUGGGCUCUUCAUAGCUGACAUAGGUCAAGCCAACAAUAUAACUAGGUUUCCGAGGCUGUUAAUCGAUGGUCCAUAUGGAGCACCAGCACAAGAUUACCGGCACUACGAUGUAUUGCUUCUGGUAGGUCUAGGGAUCGGAGCGACGCCAUUAAUCAGCAUAAUCAGGGACGUCCUUAACAACAUCAAGAACCAGAAAUCGAUCGAACAAGGCACUAACCAACACAUAAAAAACUAUGUUGCCACAAAACGAGCUUAUUUCUAUUGGGUAACAAGAGAGCAAGGAUCAUUGGAAUGGUUCAGUGAGGUCAUGAACGAGGUAGCUGAGUACGAUAGCGAGGGGAUGAUUGAACUACAUAAUUACUGUACGAGCGUGUAUGAGGAAGGAGACGCGAGGUCAGCACUAAUCACAAUGUUGCAGUCAUUGCACCAUGCCAAGAGCGGCAUUGACAUCGUAUCGGGCACGCGGGUCCGAACCCAUUUCGCUCGUCCCGAUUGGCGUAGCGUCUUCAAGCACGUUGCUGUCAACCACGUCAAUCAACGAGUUGGGGUUUUCUACUGUGGUAAUACAUGCAUCAUAGGAGAGUUAAAGAGACUAGCUCAAGAUUUCUCUAGGAAAACUACGACCAAGUUUGAGUUCCACAAGGAGAAUUUUUAGUUUCAAUUCUAUUAAAUCAUC